AUGGCUGCCGUACUCUGUGAAAAUUGUUCCUGCCAGUACCACCCCAGCCAGGUCAACCAGCCUCCUGAGAUCAGCUGCACAUUGCUCCUGAUUAUGCUUGGAAAAGUGUUCCUUGAUUUCUUCAUUUUACAAGUUAAGCAAAAGAACGUGAAAGUUAGUUUUAUGGGAUACUUUUGUGUCUCACUGGCACUUCUCGAUUUCAUACUGCUGACAAGUAUAUUUUUCAUUUUCUGUUUUGAGGACUUUGCAUUCUGGGGCAUGCGAUUUACAAAGCACGUUUGCCUCUUCACUCAGACAAUUUCUCUUACCUACAGUAUUUUACAUCACCCAGUGUAUCUUGUGGCUGGACUGGAUUAUUACAUGACUAUAGCCCAGACCUCUAAAUUUCCUGGAAGAGGUCAGAAAUUACUUUAUGUAUUUGCUGUGGCUGUUAUAUGGAUUGCAGGAUAUUUUUGCACUCUGAAAAUUCCUGCCAUCUAUGAAGAACUAGAAAUUCAGAACCGUUUUUCCCCUUAUCAGUGUCCUGUCCAUCCCAGCAGGCAGAGUUACUUAACCUCCUGUGCCAUGCUGCUCCUCAUAGGCACGGCCCUCCUGGCCUGUCGGAAGGAAGUUAUAACCAUGCUGCUGUCUGUCAGGGUCGUCUCCUUCGCCAGUCACCCUGUUCUGAUGUUCUCCUACGUGUCUAACAACACCAGCACUUGCUUGAAGCAGCAGCUCCUAAGCAGACUGCUCAUCUGUUUUCUUGGCACUUGGGCACCUUUUGUUGUUCUUCAGAUCAUCAUUUUGUUUCUGGGUGCUCGGAUUCCAGCCUACGUGGAGCUGAAUGUGCCCUGGCUGUACUUCAUCAACAGCUUCCUCAUCGCAGUGGCGUACUGGUGUCGCUGUCACCAUGUUGAAGUGACAGAGGAGAUGUGGCCUACAGAUCCAUUUGUCAGCUGGAAAUUUUGCUUUAUGCCAUUUAACAAUGAAAGCACAGAGCCAGCUGAUAAGCCCAGCACAGUAAUUGCCAUCUGUUAA